CCAAUACCACAGUGCGUGUUUCUACUGAACACCUAACCUCUGACCCAGUGACUACUGUACCUGUUCAAAAACCAACUACAUCCAAUACCACAGUGCGUGUUUCUACUGAACAGCUGUCUACCAGACUCCUAACCUCUGACCCAGUGACUACUGUACCUGUUCAAAAACCAACUACAUCCAAUACCACAGUGCGUGAUUCUACUGAACACCUAACCUCUGACCCACUGACUACUGUACCUGUUCAAAACACGACCUCGACGCCUGUACCAACUACAUCCAAUACCACAGUGCGUGUUUCUACUGAACAUCUAACCUCUGACCCAGUGACUACUGUACCUGUUCAAAUACCAACUACAUCCAAUACCACAGUGCGUGUUUCUACUGGACAGCUGUCUACCAGACUCCUAACCUCUGACCCAGUGACUACUGUACCUGUUCAAAAAACAACUACAUCCAAUACCACAGUGCGUGUUUCUACUGAACACCUAACCUCUGACCCAGUGACUACUGUACCUGUUCAAAUACCAACUACAUCCAAUACCACAGUGCGUGUUUCUACUGGACAUCUAACCUCUGACCCAGUGACUACUGUACCUGUUCAAAUACCAACUACAUCCAAUACCACAGUGCGUGUUUCUACUGGACAGCUGUCUACCAGACUCCUAACCUCUGACCCACUGACUACUGUACCUGUUCAAAACACUCCUUCUACACCUGUACCAACUACAUCCAAUACCACAGUGCGUGUUUCUACUGAACAGCUGUCUACCAGACUCCUAACCUCUGACCCACUGACUACUGUACCUGUUCAAAACACGACCUCAAUGCCUGUACCAACUACAUCCAAUACCACAGUGCGUGUUUCUACUGAACACCUAACCUCUGACCCAGUGACUACUGUACCUGUUCAAAACACUCCUUCUACACCUGUACCAACUACAUCCAAUACCACAGUGCGUGUUUCUACUGAACAGCUGUCUACCAGACUCCUAACCUCUGACCCACUGACUACUGUACCUGUUCAAAACACGACCUCAAUGCCUGUACCAACUACAUCCAAUACCACAGUGCGUGUUUCUACUGAACAGCUGUCUACCAGACUCCUAACCUCUGAUCCACUGACUACUGUACCUGUUCAAAAACCAACUACAUCCAAUACCACAGUGCGUGUUUCUACUGAACACCUAACCUCUGACCCACUGACUACUGUACCUGUUCAAAACACGACCUCAACGCCUGUACCAACUACAUCCAAUACCACAGUGCGUGUUUCUACUGGACACCUAACCUCUGACCCACUGACUACUGUACCUGUUCAAAACACGACCUCAAUGCCUGUACCAACUACAUCCAAUACCACAGUGCGUGUUUCUACUGGACAGCUGUCUACCAGACUCCUAACCUCUGACCCACUGACUACUGUACCUGUUCAAAACACGACCUCGACGCCUGUACCAACUACAUCCAAUACCACAGUGCGUGUUUCUACUGAACACCUAACCUCUGACCCACUGACUACUGUACCUGUUCAAAUACCAACUACAUCCAAUACCACAGUGCGUGUUUCCACUGAAGAUGCAACUCCUGAACGCUCAACCGCUAACCAAGCCACUACUGCUUACUUACCUGAAACAACUGUACCUGUUGGAAAGACUCCCUCAACACCAGUACCAACUAUGUUCAAUACCACAGUGCAUGUUUCUACUGAACACCUAACCUCUGAACCACUGACUACUGUACCUGUUCAAAAACCAGCUACGUUCAAUACCACAGUGCGUGUUUCUACUGAACACCUAACCUCUGACCCACUGACUACUGUACCUGUUCAAAAACCAGCUACGUUCAAUACCACAGUGCGUGUUUCUACUGAACACCUAACCUCUGACCCAGUGACUACUGUACCUGUUCAAGAUAGGACCUCAACGCCUGUACCAAGUACAUUCAAUACCACAGUGCAUGUUUCUACUGGACACCUAACCUCUGACCCAGUCACUACUGUACCUGUUCAAGACAGGACCUCAACGUCUAUACCAACUACAUUCAAUAGAACAGACCAAGUUUCUACUGAACAGUUAACUACUGAACACCUAAAUACAGAAAGUGCACCUACUGUACCUUUUCAAAGCAUUAUCUCUACGUCUGUACCAACUACCACAGAAAAUGCUUCGACUGAAAUGUUAACUACUGAACACUCAACUACAGAGAAAGUGACUACUGAUUUCUCACCUACAAGAGCUUCUAAUGCUAAUGUCCAAAACAUUUCCUCAACGUCUUUACCGAGUACAUUCAAUACCACAGUGCAUGUUUCAACUGAACACCUAACCUCUGACCCAGUGACUACUGUACCUGUUCAAGAUAGGACCUCAACGCCUGUACCAAGUACAUUCAAUACCACAGUGCAUGUUUCUACUGGACACCUAACCUCUGACCCAGUCACUACUGUACCUGUUCAAGACAGGACCUCAACAUCUUUACCGAGUACAUUCAAUACCACAGUGCAUGUUUCAACUGAACACCUAACCUCUGACCCAGUGACUACUGUACCUGUUCAAGAUAGGACCUCAACAUCUUUACCGAGUACAUUCAAUACCACAGUGCAUGUUUCAACUGAACACCUAACCUCUGACCCAGUGACUACUGUACCUGUUCAAGAUAGGACCUCAACGCCUGUACCAAGUACAUUCAAUACCACAGUGCAUGUUUCUACUGGACACCUAACCUCUGACCCAGUCACUACUGUACCUGUUCAAGACAGGACCUCAACAUCUUUACCGAGUACAUUCAAUACCACAGUGCAUGUUUCAACUGAAGAGGCGACUACUAAACAACUUACUACUGAGAAUGUAAAACAUCAAUCAACAACUGAGACUGCAGACACAGAAAUGCAACACAGCAUUACACAAGUGACUACUGAACAUACUUCUGCCCUACAUAUAACCACAGUGGCUGAGACUGCUCCAUACAGUACUACAGAGCCUGUCAGUCUCUCCACUGUUAUGCCAAAUGAAAACAGUCAAGGUUUAAGUCCAGACAACCUGAUAUUGAUCCAUGAGAACAUGACGUGGAACGAGGCCGUGAGCUACUGCAGAGAGCACCACGUUGACCUGGUCUCGAUCACUACAGAGCUGCUUCAGUACUGGGUGGCAGAGAGGGCUGCCAACGCCACCUCAUCCCACGUCUGGGUGGGCCUGCGCUUCACCUGUUCAUUCCACUUCUGGUUCUGGAUCAGGUCUGAUGCAGGCUGCUACCAGAACUGGGCCCCCGGGCACGGCUCAGACAGCCAGCAGGACUGUGGGAUUGCAGGGGCUGUAGAGGCCACCGGGAGGCAGCAAUGGGUUAGUCUGGAGGAGAACCAGAGGCUCAACUUCAUCUGCUACAAAUGUUCUGGGGACAGUGGUGAGGGGUUGAUACAUCCCUGAUUCGGACAACUUUUGUAUUAUGUAUGUUUCUUGGGCAACGUGAAAAAUGUACACUACCGUUCAAAGGUUUGGGGACACUUAGAAAUGUCCUUGUUUUUGAAAGAAAGCACAUUUUUGUCCAUAAAAUAACAUCAAGUUGAUCAGACACAUAGUGUAGAUAUUGUUAAUGUUGUAAAUGACUAUUGUAGCUGGAAAUGGCAGAUUUUUUAUGGAAUAUCUACAUAGGCGUACAGAUGU